AUGGGUAACAGAGCCUGGACUAUCUUGCCCAUUAUCAAGGACAUUCGGAAGUUGGCGGCUUCCUUUGGCUCUUGUGAGUGGUUCUGGGUUCCUAGAAGCCAAAACAUGGCUGCACUUGAAGCUGCAAAGCUUGGUAGAGGUCUAGUGGAAGCACAAUGCUAG